CCAGUCCCUCUGCAGGGGAUCGUGGCUGACGUCCAGGUGACAGGCUUUGUGGCGGAUGUAUCGGCGACUCUCAAGUAUAAGAACAAGGAAGAAAAUGCAGUGGAAGCCAUCUUUGUCUUCCCCAUGGAUGAAGACUCCGCUGUCUACAGCUUUGAGGCCACAAUAGAGGGGAAGAAGAUUGUAGCCGACCUUCAGGAGAAGAAACAGGCUAAAGAAACCUACGAUGAGGCCAUCAGCCAGGGUAAACAAGCCUUCCUUCUGGAGGAAGAUGGGAGUUCUGGGGACAUAUUCAGCAUCAGUGUUGGGAAUCUUCCUCCUGGUCAGGAGGCCGAGGUCACCAUGAAAUACGUGAGGGAGCUGUCGGUGGAGGCAGAUGGAGCUGUGCGCUUUGUUUUACCUGCUGUACUCAACCCCCGAUACACCCCUAAAGGUAAGAGUGAGAAGGAAAGCAUUACAACAACUCUACCCAACGUGCCUAUAAGUGAUCUCCCAUAUACACUAAACCUGGAGGCUCAAUUCAAAUCGGCCUAUGGCAUUAACAAGAUCGAGAGUCCAUGCAACAUCACUCCAAUCCAGUACACCAAUGAGGACAAGACUGAGGCCAAGGUGGCGCUAGCAGAAGGUCAUAAAUUUGACCGAGAUGUAGAAAUUCUGGCCUACUACAAUGAAGUGAAUAAGCCCAGUGCCACUCUGGAGUCAGGUCUUCCAGAUGCUACGGAAGGUUCUUUCAUGGCGUAUCCUGUUGCCAUGUUGAAUUUCUACCCCAGCUUUCCCGAGACCCAGGAACAGUCGAAGUGCGGAGAGUUCAUAUUUGUGGUUGACCGGUCUGGCAGUAUGGAACUUCCGAUGAUCUCUGAGCCGAACGCCCCAAUGCGCAUUCAGAGUGCUAAGGAGACGUUGCUUCUUCUAUUGAAGAGUUUACCCCUCGGAUGUUACUUCAACAUCUACGGCUUUGGCUCCACGUUCGAGUCUUUCUUUCUGGAAAGUAUGGAGUACACACAGGAGACUCUGGAGGCAGCUGUUAAUAAGGUGACCCAAAUGUCGGCGGACUUGGGAGGAACAGAAAUCCUGGAGCCCCUUAAGAAAAUCUACAAAACCAAAGGAAGACCCACAACACCCAAGACAAUCUUCAUCUUCACAGAUGGAGAAGUGGGUAACACAGAGCAGGUGAUAGCAGAAGUCAAGAGAAAUGCACACAAUCACCGGUGUUUCACCUUUGGAAUUGGUGAAGGAGCCUCCACCGCUCUCAUUAAAGGCAUGGCCCGGGCAGCAAGCGGCAACUAUGACUUCAUUACUGGGGAAGAUCGUCUGCAGCCAAAAGUGAGUUUAGCUCUGAAAUGUGCCUUACAACCCACCAUAAAGGAAAUUUCCUUAAACUGGACCCUUCCUCCGAGGUGGAACAGAAUUUGGUGUCUCAGGCCCCACUGUCAUCUUUCAGGGUCAGGCAUCCAUUGUCUACGUCCAGUUCAAGGGAAAGGUGACUAA